AUGGAAAUUGACCGAAUACUUUACGACAUUGACGUCGUUGCUGUUUGGAAACCAGACGACGAAAUUGCCACGGAUCAAGAAAACAGUGCAAAUUCACAUUUAAGCCUUUUCAAGAAUGCAGAAGGUGAAGACCCUUCAUACUCGCAACUACCAAGACGUGUCUUUAAACAAUUCACCCAUCGGCUAGUACGUAGCUUAGAAGGUCUCACAAUUUCCACGACUGUUCCUCCAGCGCUUUUACAAGCUUUACCUAAAGUAAUGAGCGAAUGGUGUAUGCAACUUUCACCAAAUGGUGAAUGCCUGGCAGUGCUGCAGGAACAUAAAAUAGAAUUUCGUUCAGUUAAAAAAGGCUUUGAAACAGUUCACUCGAUAUACAAGUACACAGUAAAACGUGACACUUUUCCAAAGUGGAGACGCGUUGCUUGGAGUUUAGACUCGAAAAUUGUCGCAGCCUCUCGUAGUGAUGGGACAGUUGAUAUUGUUGAUACGGAAGGAGAUUUGGUGUGCACCAUUCUACCGACUUCUAAAACAUCCAGCUUACCUCGGCCUUUGAAUAUUAGCUCAUAUGAAAAUGGAUCGGAAGAACAAAGUGGUUCUAGUUUUUUCCUGGAGCCCGUUGCUUUUUUGGCUUUUAUUGAUCCUAAGCGAGGUCAAAAACAAAGCAACUUUAAAGGCUAUAUAUACCAAUACGAGUUAAUAGUUGUGACAUAUGAUGGAAUACUGCGUAGUUAUUUACUGAAUACUUCGGAUCCCGCUGCAAAAAUUGAUUCUUCUUUGCGUCGAUCGCGUACAAGAUUAUCUUAUUCGCGAGAGAGUGCAGAAGAUCCAGGCUUAUUCAUGCAUUAUCAUAAAUUUUCAUUUAAGAAAUGGCUUUCAACUGUUGUUUGUGGCGUAGUUGAUAGUAAUUGCAAAUUUAUGUGUCUUGGAGGUAAACCUGACAGUUCAAUUGUAGAAGAGGGCGGUGAUGUAAAAUAUUCUUCGGUUGCGUGUUGGCUAUUAUUGCCUGAUCGACCAUAUUACCGAAAACUAGAUCUAGAAGAAACAAAUCAAAAGCCAAUUGAUAAUUUGGCACAAUUGAAUGAAGAGGGCUCUAUUGAUGACACUGGAUAUUUCUCUCGAAUAAAAAACAUCUUCUCUACAUGGCGAAAAGUAAAUAAAAAGUUUACCCAUGAAAUAGUUCAGCGGAUGAUUUUAUCUCCUGAUCAGACUUCUUUAUUGACAUUGGAUUUCUCUGGCACCGUAAAUCUAUGGAAUAUCUCAUUAAACCGAGGCAUCGAAUCGCAAAAAUCAUGGAAUCAAGAUGAACUUAACUAUUUUGCGAGAGGAAAAGAAUUCCGUGAUCUUUCAUUUGAGCAAUUCACCGAUAAAAUUGAAGAUUUUGAAGAAGAGGGUGGCUCAAUCGCGGGAAUCAAUGGAUUAGAUAAUGGAAAAGUGGUCUCGAUUGGUUGGUGGUCGAAUAACGCGAUCAUAAUUGGUUAUCAACAUGGUUCCUUGAUAAUCGCUAGUUAUCCCGAAAUGAAUAAUAUAUUUGGUGAAUCGCCAGAGGUAUUCAAAUCAUGUCGUGAGAUUACUAGUCAAAGAGAUAAUCGGUUUCUAGUAAUUGAACAUGAAAAUAAAACAAUUCGCGCUAGGGUUCAUGGAGACAACCUUAUAUCUUACUCGAGAGCACAAGAGGAAGGAGACAUGGACGAAGAAUUCGCAGACGAAAAAUCACCGAUGCGUAAAUUGCUAUCAGCAAUUGGAAAUUCAAUGCACUAUGUUACUGAUACAUUUCUUUGGCAUUUUGAAAAUGAUGCUUCUUCUUUGCGCGGUAAAUUUGUAACAAUCUCCAAACGAACUCUCCGUCUAAAUCGAAUCUCGAAAAUUCUGCCCGAGGAUUUGCUCUAUCGCAAGAUACUUGCACUUGAAUAUGAUGACGCGUUAGUGAUUGCAGAAACUUAUAACCUUAAUACAGACACAAUUUAUCAGGCGCGAUGGCGGGACGCAGAGAUUUCAGAAAGGGCGAUUCAUGAAUAUCUUGAUAAAGUUAAUGAUCGUCAAUGGGUUCUUGCCUCUUGUCUGGAACGAAUUCCUGAUUCUCGAGAACCUGCUGAAAUGUUAUUAAAUUAUGCUUUUAAAAUGUCUGACAUCUUAGAAACAAUGCUCGAUUCAUCGUCAGCUAUUUCUACGAAUUAUAAUCCUAACGUCUUAGCAAAAACAUUAAGAGAGAAACCACUUGAUUGCGAUGCUUGGAUUGAGGAAAUGCUAAAAGCCAUGAAUUUUUCAGAACAAUACUUAAAUAUAUGUAGAUAUAGAUAUUAUGCAUUGAAAUAUUUAGAUCGAUUGCGUACAUUUGACGAUAUCAUAAAAAUAAAAACUAAUAGAAAUGAAAAUUCUAAAUCAAAGGAAAUUGCUAUAGAAGAAGAUACUACUUUGACUUUUACCGACUAUUCUUUGACUUUUGCCGAUGAUUAUGGUUUAUUCCGUGAUGUAAGCAUUGCAGCACAAGCAAUGGACUUUGCGACAGAUGAAUUCUUUGAAGGGUUACAAAUAUUGUUCACCAGACAUGGACCAGAGACAUUACCUUAUCGAUUUGACAUUCUUGAACAAAUACCCGAAACAUCUGAUCCAGAUGCCUAUGAAAAUCUUUUACCUAAGGUAAAGAAUUCGGAUGACGACGAGAACACUUCAUCAGAGUGUUUAUGGGAUGAGAAACCAUGGCGUGAGCCGGAUUGGGUUGAGAAUCCUAUCUUGAAAAGUCUUAUACUAAGACAUGAUGAAUUAGAGGCAUGGGAUUUUGAAGGAAUUGUUUUGAAGAAAGUUCCUUAUCCUGCUUUGUCAUCUCAUAUAACAAAUUGGUAUUAUAAUCGCGCGCAUAAGAUUGAUUGUAUGUCUGGACAAGUAGACAAAGCUCUCAAACUUGUUCGUCAUGGUAUUCAUAAAAAUGUUCGGAAUCUCGAGACUUUGGAAGAAGAUUUGCACAUGUUGGCUAAACUUGUGUAUAAUUGCUACCCUGCCUCGGAUCCUAUCAGUAUUUCUAUGACUCUUCUCGAAUGGGAGUCUUUUUCCGAGGCAGAAAUUGUGCAAACAUUUCUUAGACAGACAGAUGAAACACGUAUUGUUAAUGAUGUAAAGCAGUUUGUUAUACCAUUUUUGCAAUUAUUACCUUCACGUCGUGCUCGUGAAAUAUACGAGAAUAUCGAAGAGAAUAACUUCUUGAAGACACAACCCUUGGAUCUUUUAUAUGAUUACAUACUGACACUUUCAGAGAAUCGGUUGGAUUUGUGUUGUCUUAUAUUUGAAGCAUCAAAGCCCAUUUUGGAUACUGCUGAUCGUAUUAUUACUUCUGAUACAGAUUUAUCCAGAAUAGCGCUUUCUUGUCUAUAUGGUAGUGAAAGUACUGAUCAAUGGGAAAAUAUGACGCGUAUUUUUGAAUGCUUGCCUAUUUUUGAUGCCGAUGCAACUGACGACUCAAAUAUGAAGUUUGAGAUUGUAUUAUCUCAAAAAUCGACACCAAUCUACUUUUAUGAUAUAUUUAAAACAAAGAAUGAGAAAGAACUACAACGCAUUAUUGAUUUCCUUGAAAUACAUUUAAAUGCUGCGGAAAUUCUUUCACGUUAUGAUGAUCCAGUUCCAUUGCAAUGGUUCCUACAGAGCGCGGAUGAUUAUAACUUACAAAAGCAGCUUUGUAUUAGACUCGUACGCAAAGCAAGUGGAGGACCUGAAACAGGCGGUGAAAGAUUUGAGAGUGAAGAUGAAUGGGCAUUGUUGCUUGAAGAUAUGUUAAAAUUACAGGAUAACGGAAACGGUGUAUUUGGGAAAUUGUCUGUAAAAGAGAUAUAUAAAGAUUUCAUUUCUGGAUUAUUGAAUUGUGGCAAAUUUCUCUUGGCGCGUGAAAUUCUCUUCCCAAUAGAUCAACCUAAUCCUUUAGAUAUUUCAACUGCUGAAAAACUUGUCAUUGAUUCUUCACGAGAAUUUUUUGACAACGCAACUUCGGGAAACAUGCAUUACGGAUACAUGAAAAUGGCAUAUGAAUGUCUUCAAAUUCUUCCAAAAUCCGAAUCCAUCAAAUUGGAACUUGAGUUCAUAGAGGCAACGCAUAUUAUCACUGAACGAAAGAUAUAUUAUCAACCUGGAAUCCCGAUACAUCCACUGCAAAUUCGGCUAGCUCCAAACCGUCUAGACUUGAUUGCGCGAUUACUAAGUACACAUGAAACAGCUUAUCAUGAUCCAGAAUCGAUCCUAGAGUUAGCUCGGAAGUUCGGAUAUCGAAAUGACAAGGUUGCAGAGGUCAAAGUAUUGGCAAUGCUUUCGGAUGCUGCAUUACAUAAUACCGAUUACGCUAUUGCAUAUGAAAGAUGCAUGGAUGUUGUCAAAGUAACAAAGAAUAUUGCUGCUACAAAUACAGCAAAGUCAAAUGCGAGAAUGACAAUUACUGAAGGUGAAGAAAAAUCAGAAUUGUACGAAGCCAAAGAUGUGUCAUGGCGAGUUUGCUAUGAAGUUGGGAAGCAAGAAGGAUAUGCGAAUAUAGAAAAACGUAUGACUCUUAUAGGAUUUGCAUUAGCUUUAUGCCCGACCAAACAAGCAAUCAAUAUAUUGAAUUUGUGGAGAAAGCUUGAGGUCGAGUACAAGUUGAUACACGCGAGUAAAGCGGCAGCAUUAUCACGUGAUUCUACAAGAGAUAAUGAAAAGACAUUAUCACACUUGGGUAUUGGUGAAUCGGUGAUUUUGGGUGCACCGAUAAUAAAGAUUGACAAGUUAAAGAGUUUG